AUCCUCACUCCGCACUUCCCAGUUUCCCAGUCAGGCAGAGCAGCCGUGUUUCGACUCUCUUUAACUUCACCGGAAUCCGGCGAUCAAACGGCGGAGGACACCAUCGACCGAUGGUGCGCAAUCAACGGAAUGGAGAAGCUCAGGAGCUGCUACCGCGAUGUUGCCGAAAUCUUGCUAUCAAAAUUGGAAACGAGGGAUUUGCUUCAAAUGAAAUGCGUCUCCAAGAGCUGGCGAGAACUCAUUUCCGACCGUUCCUUUGUGCUGAAUUACUCAAGGCAGUGGCAGCAUCCGCCUCUAUCCGGAUUCUUCUUCCUUAAGAAAUCUUGGCGGGCGGUGAACUACUACUACGAUGCAAGCUACAUUUCGGGUGCACGGGAAGAAGCAGCAAAGCUUCUUAAAAGCCCUCUCGAUUUCAUUCCAGAGGAUUUCAUGGUUACCUCUUCCUGCAAUGGCUUGGUUUGUUGCACAAAUUUCUCCCUUAGCAAUAGUAUUCUUACUCUCCAUGUUGGAAACCCAUUAACCAGAGAAUGGAUUGAGCUAGAUUGGGAUGGGCGACGCGGGAGACCGAUUGUCAUGGCAUUGAGCUCUGAUCCUUCUCGUGAUAUCACCGAGGAUUCCACAGACUUCAAGGUGGCGACGGUGUGUGUUAGAAUCGACAAGGAGAGUCUUGCGUUUCAUAUAUAUUCGUCCAAGACGAGAUGUUGGAAGGUUGCAGAUUCAGGUGAAGUGUGCAUUAUGAAGAAGAAGUACAAUAUGUUUCAUACAGAAUAUGUGUCUGUCAAAGGGGUGAUGUAUUGGCUCAUUGAUGCUGAUGAAAUCCUCGUGUUCGAUGUGGAAAACGAGUUAGCUCAUAGAGUCUCCACCCCUGAAUGCCAAUUCCAGUGUGGUGAGCCAGAUGCGUGUAUUGGGGAAUCUGGUGGGGAGUUACAUUAUGUACUGCUGUCAGAGGGAAGACUGCAGAUAUGGGUUCUUGAGGAUCCCUGUGAAGGCAAAUGGUCGUCACUGAGGUAUGAAAAGUCCUUGGCUGAUAUUGACAAUGUGCAUCCUGAGUUGGCACUUAAUCUGCAGUUUGAGAUGACGAUUCCUUUGGCAUUCAAAGAUGGGGUCUUCUUGCUGAGGGUGUCGGACGAUGUGUACUUGUACGACACGAGGAACGAUGGGAUGAAACAUGUUGCUCAUGCUGCGGAGUUUGGUACCGGGAGCAUGCUUGAUCCUAUGGUAUGGAUAUGGAAUGGCAAUGUGAGUUACAAGGAACUACAUUUCGGCAGGAUGAAGAGAGCAAAGGGUUUCUGAAUCCUUACAUUCCCAGAAACAGAAUUUGAUGGAUAGGAAGUAUGAAGCAGUAGUUGAAUUUUCAAAAUUGAACUCCUCAAAUUUUGACGAAAAAGCAGAUGGAGAUUGGCCAAACCAUUAUUUUAUUACAAAAAAAUUUACAUAAGUGAUCAUUUUGUUAGUUCCCAAACUCGAGUGACUCUUUAUGUAAUUAACCCUGAAAAUGAGGGUAGACAAUAGACUAUUAGAGGUGUAAAAAACAGAACCAGACCAGAGUAACCUGCUCAAUCAACUUGAUUUGCAACCCGAUUGCAG